AGCUUCAUAUUUGUCAACGAUCCGAUCCAAGCUCAUGUGGUAUAGUUUGGUACAAGAUAUGUCAGUAUUUAGUCAAUUAUUUGACAUAAAUGUGUGAAAUCAAGAAUUGUAAAGAAAAUAACAUUAUAAUGAUAGUUCUAAGUAUUCACCAUCGCCGUAGGUAGCAUAGUAAACAUGACUCCAAAACGAAAAACCACGAGCUCGGAGUCGACAUCCUCAAGCAGCUCUGGCUCCUCAUCCAGCAGUUCUUCCAGCUCAGGAAGUGAAUCCAGUUCCUCUGAUUCUGAAAAUUCGAGUAGUUCAGCAGCCAGUCAAAAAGCAUCAGACUCUGAUCGGGUAAAAAAGAAAGUACCUUUAGCUGCUGCUCGCCAUGUCAAAUCUAAAAAUGAAACAAACCCACCACCUGUGGAAGCUAAAGGCAAGGAGAAAGCUGCACCAAAAUCUAGGCCUGUUGUGUACUCCUCUGAGUCUGAAGAACCUCCGGUGAAAGGUAAGCAGCCACCAGCGAAGCGGAAACCACCAGCAAAGCCAAAAGCUACUGCUACAGUUGCUCCAGUUGUAAAACAACAAAAGCCUGCUAGUAAGCCAACUCCUCCUGUUGCGCAGCACAAAAAUACUUUGUCAUCGAAGCCAGUCAACAAAGUGAACAAAUUUCCUGCUAGUAUAACAUCUUCAGCUAAAUCAGGAGAUAAAAAUGCCAAAUCUAGCUCUGAACCAGCGCAGAAAAAAUUAAAGAAAAAAAGUAUUUUUAGUCCUGAAAAUAGUAGUGAAAGUGACAGUGGUGUACCUGUAAAACCACCUAGCAAGAAAGUUGUGAGUAAUUCAGUGAAUGCUGCGCAAUCUCAGCCUCAACAAGCUAAAGUAAAGCCAACUGAACAAAAAUCUCGUCCUCCAGUUGCCAAUAGACCUAGUUUAGUGACCAAACAACCAGUAAAAUCUGAGAGUUCUGCAAGUUCUAAAAGUUCAGGUGGAUCUGGUGGUUCUGGUUCAUCAUCGUCAGAUAGUAGUUCAGAAUCGGAGUCUUCAGAAAGUGAAGCAAGUCCUCAACCUCAACCAAAAAAGAAAGAACCUCAAUCUACCUCCAGACCUGCACCAAUUGUAAACACUCCUACAAAGAGAGCGGCCACUUCAAUAGCUACAGUAAAACCUCAAAAAAGUAUCAAACGUCAAAAUACAAUCAAAAGCGAAGAUGACAGUGAAAAUGCAGACUCCGAUAAAGAUAUGGAAGAUAAUGCUGAGGAGGAACAGAGUAAACCAGCUGCAAAAGGGAAACGGAAAUUACAAGCGCGUAAAGGCAAAACUCAGCCACCCCCAAUUAAAACGCUUGCGAGUGAUUCUGAAUCUGAUGCAGCGGAUAGUAAACGUAGUAUUUCAAAAUCGCCUAGCAAACGACCCGCACAAAGCCUGUCGUCCAGGCAAUUGGGUCUCAGUAGGUCGGCAAGUGGAAGUAUUCCUACUAAAGGUCAAAGCUCCAGCAGUAGGAUGCGCUCUGUAAAGGAGAGAGAAUGCCCAUUAGCACCUGCCUGUGAUUCUCGAGGUCAUCUUUCAGGAAGAUUUGACGUUCAUUUUACGUUAGAAGCUUGUCCCAUGUACCAUAAUACCUCCCCACAAGGCUGCAUAGAAUUCUAUAAGGAACGGAAAAAGCGAGAUGACGAACGAAAGCGAGUGAUAAUAAGUAUGGGAAAAAAGUCGCCUAAAGGUGGCUACCAAACGAACGAGCAGCGUAAUUAUCAAUUAAAAAUCAAAGAACUGAGAAGUAAAUUCAAAGGAGCGCUUGCGGACGGCAACGAGUCGGACAGUAGAGGAGAAACGCAGGGAAUCGACAAAAACCGACAACCGACGCUUGUGGGUCUUACGUCAGACUAUGAUCUCAAACUUUUCUUAGAGGCUCAAGCAGCUGCUAGUGAAAAAAUUGAAAAAGACUUGAAAGAGCUCGAAUUCGAGGGCGAAGGUAGAAACGGUGGCAUAGGCACCCGUUGCGUAGAAAUGGGUAAAUGGGAGAUGGAAGUCUGGUACCAGAGUCCAUAUCCCGAGGAGUACAGCCGUGCUCCAAAGCUUUAUUUAUGUGAAUACUGUUUGAAGUAUGCGAAGAGUCGGCAGGUAUUGAGAAGGCAUCGAGAAAAAUGCGUUUGGAGGCAUCCUCCAGGUCACGAGGUUUACAGGAAGGAAAAGAUAGGCGUAUGGGAAGUGGACGGGAGGCGAUACAAACUGUACUGCCAAAACCUUUGCCUUUUAGCAAAAUUCUUCUUAGAUCAUAAGACUCUCUAUUAUGACGUGGAGCCUUUCCUCUUCUACGUUAUGACAAUCAAUGAUUCCGAAGGCUGUCAUACAGUCGGUUAUUUUAGUAAGGAAAAAAGUUCCAAUAACAACUACAACGUCUCCUGCAUACUCACUCUGCCGCCGUAUCAGCGGCAAGGUUACGGUCGGCUGCUCAUCGACUUCAGCUACUUACUCACGAGGGUCGAGAAUAAAAUAGGCUCGCCGGAAAAGCCGCUGUCGGACCUCGGACUAAUCUCCUACAGGAGCUACUGGAAGGACGUGCUGCUGCAGUACCUCUGCAACUUCGGCGGCAAGGAGAUUUCCGUGAAAGACAUCAGCAAGGAGAUGGCCAUCGACUCGUCGGACAUCGUGAGCACGCUGCAAGCCUUAGGAAUGAUGAAGUACUGGAAGGGCAAGCAUAUCAUACUUAAGAAGCAGGACGUGAUCGACGACUACAAGGAGCGGGUGAAGCGCCGGGGUACCGUCUACAAGGAGAUCGAUCCGGAGUGCCUGAAGUGGAGCCCUUUCCAGCCGCCCAAGACGCCCUCUGCCUCGAGCUGAAGUCCUCCCGCCGCCAGACAGCAGCGCCCGGCGAAGCCGUAAACGGCCCGCGACAAGCAGAUUUCACGCCCGGGAUAUUGCAUUAUAUAUAUGCAUACACAGACUAUAUAUAUAUACACUAUACAUAGAUACAUUGUACGUGCAUACGUGGAUCGGAGCGUGUUCAGCGUAUAACUUCUUUUCGCUCGAGAGACCCCCUCGAGCUAAUUCUCGUGCUUCCGAGACGAGGGUAUCGCGGAGGUGUGGUCUGUAGUAGCUUCUACUUCUUCUUCUUCUUCUUCUUUUUACUGUCUUUUCGCUCCCUCGCGCGCGCACGCUGGACGAGCGCAGCUUGUAUUACUGCGCUCGGCGCGCGGGUUGAGCGAGAGAUUCGCCAUGUUCGAGUGAACUAUUUUGUUGUUUUGAUAGCUUAUACAGUUUCACUUGAAAAUCGCGAAUCUUUUGCGUCAUCUGACGGGAGAACUCGCUCGGGUGAUAUUGAAAGUAAACGAAAAAUCACGGUUUUCUAUACCAAGCAAUAUUUAACGAAUGCUUGCUCGUAAUAUUCCAGAGUGGAACUCGUGGGCGAUCGAUUGUUUUAAUCAAUGGAGCUGUAUUGUUCGCUGGAACUGAAUACAAGCUUCGCGUUGCUGAAGUAUCGAUCAACGCGUUUAAUCAAAUUGAAAGUUUCACUCGGGGAGUAUUAGGGCGUUGUUGUCGAAUUUGAAGUUUGCAAAACGGAUCGUGUACAGAACGGAGAGCAUAUUUUAAAUAGUUUAUUAUACAACUUUUUUUACCAUUUUACAGUAUUAGGUGAUAUCCUGCUGAAAGAAAGAACGUUUGAAUGCAAACAUUCAUUGAUUUUCGUUUAAUUUCAUUUGAGCGCGCCCAUCUCUUUUUUGUUUCGAGGAUAUUUUUUAACUCUUUAUCCGAUUCAUUUUCGCGGGUGCAAAGGACGAAAUUGAAACCCGUAAAAAAAGAGCGCUGUUAAUGCUUCAGAACGAAAGUGUAUAUUAUACAAUGAUAAGAAUAAGAACUGUUAAUUUAUCGUAUACUUUAAUUUUAUGCAGCUGCUUAAAAGGAAGCUCUAUUUAUUGACUCGUUUUGUUGUAAAACGUCGCAACGGUAAUUCUGAAACAUUAACAGUCAGGAUUGAUUGUCUAUUUGCAUCCGAUUUGGAAAGGAAUUUUCUAUUUUUUUUUCGGAGCACACUUUAUACACUCAUCGAACACACGUCGACUUGUACAAUAUACAUAAUCGAUUUCCUUCCACCGACUGUGUUAAUCAUGGUAUUGUAGUUUUGUUUUAUUUAGUGUCUUUUGUCACGUUAUAAAAAUUAAUGUACAUUAUUAUUAUUAGACGUUUUGUAAAUUGUGAAAUGUUAUACAUGGACUGAGAGAUGAACUUUUAGUGUAAUUUUUUUAUUUUUCGAGGUUGUACAGUCUGAAGAUUGGAAGAAUAUUAUUCAGAAUGAUCUGUCAACGAAGAGACGAUCGUUAAGUACAAACUAUCAACUUUUCACAUGUAACUAAAUAUAUUUUUAGCCGAUAAAGAUAUUUACGUAAUUUGCUACAAUAAUGAAUUUGUAUAGUUGACAAAGCGGAGCCACGUUAACACUGAUAUAGCAGUGAUGACAGCGAUCAAUUCCACAAACCCCCCGUUAUAUUAAUCUAUUCUUCACUAAUUGAAACCUUCUUUGUCUCAGUUUAUAAGCCACGAUUUUUUUCAUUUACUCUUAGAAAUUUUGUACUCUAUUGUAGUUUCAACAACUGAGUGUCCGUCACGUUUUAUUUAAAUCAUGAAUGCCAGAAGAACUCGUUUAAAUAAUUUACGCAUCAAAUGUUGAAUGUAAAUUAUAUUGUAAAAUAUAAAAUAUACAUGAAAAAAAAAUACAUAUAAAUUAGGAAAUGGAAUGAUAAUAAACCAGAAUUUUUAAUAAGUA